AUGUUACAGCAGCUUUGUUUCUCAAAAUGGUUAGCAAUAGGGAUUGCAGUUUCUGUUGUCUUCAUGGAUUGUUUGGCCCAGAAUGAUGAUGACUGCAAGUUGGCCAGGGCAGGGCCUCCAGCGACCAUAGUUCCAAUUGAUGAAGAAAGUCGAAAUGGUACUAUCCUGGUAGACAACAUGUUGAUCAAAGGUACAGCAAGAGGACCUGAUCCCACUAUUGAGCUCACAUUAAAGGACAAUGUAGACUACUGGGUUAUCUUAGACCCUAUCAACCAGAGGCUUUACCUAAACAGUACUGGACGAAUUCUGGACAGAGACCCGCCAAUGUCCAUUCAGUCUAUUGUGGUCCAAGUCCAGUGCAUUAACAGAAAAGUAGGAACAAUUAUCUACCAUGAAGUACGGAUUGUGGUGAGGGACAGAAAUGAUAACUCUCCCCAGUUCCAGCAGCAGCAGUACUAUGUAGCAGUAAAUGAGUUAACACCAGUGGGAACCACCAUCUUUACAGGAUUCUCUGGAAACAAUGGUGCUACAGACAUAGAUGAUGGUCCCAAUGGCCAGAUAGAGUAUGUCAUCCAAUACAAUCCCAACGACCCAACAUCAAAUGGGACUUUUGACAUUCCUCUUACGUUGUCUGGAGCAGUAGUUUUGCGUGAGAGGCUAAAUUAUGAAGAAAAGACUCGUUACUUUGUAAUUGUCCAAGCAAAUGACCGGGCUCAAAAUCUGAUUGAACGAAGAACAAGUACAACCACCCUCACUGUUGAUGUUCUUGAUGGGGAUGACCUUGGACCUAUGUUCCUUCCAUGUAUAUUAGUCUACAACACUCGGGACUGUCGGCCACUCACGUACCAAGCAAGUUUGCCAGAGCUUAGUGCCCCAAUCACAGCAGGAACAACCUUGCAGGUAUGGCAGCAGAAUCAUAAAUCUGUCAAAAAGUUCCGGAAGAAACAGCACUCAUUCCAUAUUGAAUGA